GCUGCGUGAACGUCAAUGUCAGCGAGGUUUCCGGAAGCCGUGACAGGAGCUGCGCUGGAGGGGAGCUACUGAGCCCCGGGGGCGCGGGGUUGCGCGCCUGACCAGGCCGCCCCCACCGCACCCCGGUGUGGUUCGGGUCCGGGUCCCGGUCCCGAUCCCGAGAGUCGUAGACAGGCCGUCCCGGCCGGCCACCCGCAGGUCGGGAUGCAGGCACUAGAACAAGAGGGGUGUGGGCCAGAUGGGACACCCACUGCCAUGCCCGAGGCCCAACCUGAUUCUCCACCUGCCCCACCUAAGCCUCCGGUGCUUGACCUCUUCAACUUGGUCCUGUUUUAUAAGAGGCUUGUCCUCUACUUUGAGCCUCUCAAGGAUGCAGGCGAUGCGAUCCUCUACUUGCUCAGGUGGCAGACGCCAGUGUGUUCCUUGCUGACCUGCCUGGGUCUCAAUUUCCUCUUCCUGACUCUGAAUGAAGGUGCCUGGUACUCAGUGGGUGCCCUGCUGAUUUCUGUGCCUGCCCUUCUGGGCUACCUGCAGGAGGUAUGUCGGGUCCGGCUCCCUGAGCCUGAGAUGAUGAGGAGGAAGUAUCACAGCGUGAGGCAGGAAGAUCUGCGGAAGGUCCGGCUGUCACGGCCUGAGGCUGUGGCAGAGGUGAAGAGCUUCUUGAUCCAGCUGGAGAGCUUCUUGAACCAGUUGUGCUGUAGGUGUGAGUCCGUCUAUCGAGUGCUGUACUGGGAGAACCCGGCAGUGUCCUCACAAUUCUACGGGGCUCUCUUGUGCUCUGUCCUUGUGCUGUAUGUGUUACCCCUGUGCUGGGUCCUUGCCCUUCUCAACAGCACCCUCUUUCUGGGAAAUGUGGAGUUCUACCGAGUAGUGGCAGAGUACCGGGCUACCCUGCAGCAGCGGAUGAACCCUAAGCUUCCAGUGAAUGCUGAGGAAUGCCAAGAAUCUGACGCGGGGGGGAAGGGAUCAUUGCUGGACUGCAGUUCAACCCCUACUCCCACGGAGGACCUCACACCAGGCAGUGUGGAGGAGGCCGAGGAGGCUGAGCCAGAUGAAGAGUUUAAAGAUGCCAUUGAGGAGACCCACCUGGUGGUGCUGGAGGAUGACGAGGGAUCUCCCUGCAAUGUGGAAUAUGAUCUGGCCCUACACGACAAUGGUUUUAUGAGCAAGAAUGAAGUGAUUCGAAGCAAGGUGUCUCGACUCACUGAGAAGCUCCGAAAACGUUAUCCCACCAACAAUUUCGGAAACUGUACCAGCUGCUCUGCUACCUUCUCAGUGUUGAAGAAGAGGCGGAGCUGCAGUAACUGUGGAAAUAGCUUUUGCUCCCGCUGCUGCUCCUUCAAGGUCCCCAAGUCCUCCAUGGGAGCCACAGCCCCGGAAGCACAGAGAGAGACUGUAUUUGUGUGUAGCUCGUGUAACCAGACCCUGAGCAAGUGAGAAGAGAGGCCUGGGGUGGCACUUGUGGGCCCGCUUGCUCACCCUCCUCUCCUGAGCCUGUUCCAGAGGCUAGCAGUUAGAGUCUCCCCAGAUCCCUCAUGCCACUGUGUGGAGGUAGCUGGGCAGAGCUGGGCGUGAACAUUGGAGAGGUGCCUCCCCUUCCUUUCUCUGCCUGAGAGAUACCUGCCUGGGGUUCAUUGGUGACAUUUCCAGCUUCUCUUUGUAUUCCUCUGGGUGAUUGGAAUAAUAGCUCCCCUCAGACCCCUGGAUUGCUAGAGGUGUCCGCUGGGACGGUGGACUAUAGGGGAAGCCAGAUUGAAUGGGGAAGUAGAGUGGGCAGCAGUGAGUGAAGCCAGAUCUUGGCCUGAUUCCUUAUAAGUAUGGCUUACCCUUCACCCUGUGGCUUUCAUGAGACUGGGAUUUGUGGGAAGAACUGGAAUCCCAAAGCUAGAAGGGAACCUUCGUUGCACAUCAGGGACAGAAACACCCUAAGGACUUGACCCCAGGUGGCCUUCCAGGAAAGCUUGGGUAGAGAUGGUUGGGUGGUAGCUGUAGCCCCCCCGUCCAUGCCAUUUCAAUGCCCCACCAAGGGCUGCAGUUGCAGGGGGCCACCAAUCGACCUUUGGGGCUGUAACUGUCAAGGCCGAGCAUGAUGACUGUGAAAGACCAGUUAUGAGUCAGUCAGUUAACGGUGUGAGCUGGACACAAGGGUGUCUAUGAAGCCUUUAUCGAUGUAGCCAUCCCCCCACCCCACUCCAUUCUCACAAUCACUCCCUUGGAUAGGAAGAGGGUGAAGGGAACUUCUGAAUCCCAUUUUGUCAUUAUCUGAUUCUUGGCUAUGGAGAGGCAGCUUGGGAAACCAGCUAACUUCCUACCAUUUGUUUUUAUGCCUCCGUAGACAUCCCUUGUGCUGCACAGUCUCAUAGCUGUUCCCUCUCCCUUUAAGCUGACUGUGGAUCCCUUCUCUGCACUGCCAAGACUCUAGCAUAGAUGGGCUCAGAGAUGUGGUAGUGAGGCCAGGAUGUUCCUUUGACCUUCUGUGACCUGUGAGGGACAGACCUUUCUGGCCAGCUCUCUGUUAAGGGAUUGUUGGAUCUGACCACACCAUUUCUUUUAGUUUGAGGCAGAUCUCUAGUUUCUUGAGGACCAAAUGAGUACUUUUCAGGCUGUGAGCCUGGUCGGGUUCUCUUUCUACACUGGCUUUUCUCUCCCUAUCUUGGAAAUAUUUAUUUAUUUAUUAAUUAUUUAUUAUGUGGUUCUUGGGAACAGAUUGUAUUGGGAGUAGAUUAGAGAGGAACCUGCAGCUGCCCUUACCCUGAGACUAUUUCUAGAACUAUGGGGUUCCUUCAGACAUAGGACCUGGAAGGCUGAGGUGUUUCAAGACCUCGCUCCUUCCCCACCCUUCAGUUGGAGGCUCUCCUAGCAUAUCCAGGGGUCAACCGGAUCUUUGUGCCUCCCUUUCUACUGCCUCUUCCACUCUUUCCCCUUAGAAAUGAGAGCUUGAAUAUACUGUGCUUUACACUGGAGGUGUGCUAAAGAAAUCUCUGUGUACAUGGAGACAACAAUAAAACUACAUCAGGC